GUUUAUCGUGUUCAGACCGGCGCAGUUACGAUGCAGCAUCCUUUGGAGAUCGGGGCUCACUAUUAUCCUGGUGAGGUACACCAAGAUCACAGAUCUCACCGAUAUAGGAGCUUCAUGAUCGAGGAGAUCCUCACCGAGCAUCCAGACCAUAAAGUUUCUCCUCCUGCAGGAGAUUUUCUCAAGUUUGGAGUACAUGCGCUUUUGUCGGCACGGCCGUAUCCAAAUCACUUAGUGCUGAAAGCAGAACAGAGCGGCCUCCUGAAGUUCCCGGUGUCUCCUCUGUCCUGUUCUCUCGGGCCGCCGCUCGGUUCUGCGCUGCUGUCCGGUGCUUCGUCACUCAGCAUCGGUUCAGUCUCUCACCACCUCCCGCUGGACCUGCACCUGCGCGCAAAACUCGAACACGGAGCCGAGGCGCUCAGCAAGAGCAAGAAGGGCCGACGGAGCAGGACCGUGUUCACUGAGCUUCAACUUAUGGGCCUAGAGAAACGAUUUGAGAAACAGAAAUACCUCUCAACACCGGACAGAAUAGACCUGGCUGAAUCUUUAGGACUUAGUCAGCUUCAAGUCAAAACGUGGUAUCAAAACAGAAGAAUGAAAUGGAAGAAAAUUGUCCUGCAAGGGGGUGGACUUGAGUCCCCUACUAAACCGAAAGGGCGCCCAAAGAAGAACUCCAUCCCGUCUGGUGAGCAGCUUUCGGAGCAGGAGAAAGAGAGGACGCGGGAGGCUGAGUGUGCAUCUGCAUCCUCAUCGUCGUCUUCAUCAUCCUCAGCCUAUUCAUCUUCUUCUGUCCAGUCGGAGCCCAAUCAAGAGGAAUAAACGUGCCAAUGCGGGACUAUGAGACACAAUUGACGCCUAGAUGAGCGGCCUCUCCUGGAUUCCUCCCUGUCGCAGUCGACUUUUUGGCACUUAAACACAAAUCCAGACCAGAGGACCGAUGUAAUACACUAUUUGUAUUGGCAGUUGAAGCAAAUAUGGACUACUUUGCCGAUUUCGUCCUGAGGACAAAUGUUUUUAAACUUUACAUUGGGAACGUCUCUGCAGUUCCUGUGCUUCGUGGUUUCACGAUGUAU